AUGGGAAGGGGAAGAGUAGAGCUGAAGAGGAUAGAGAACAAAAUCAACAGACAAGUAACGUUUGCAAAGCGUAGGAACGGUCUGUUGAAGAAAGCUUACGAAUUGUCUGUUCUUUGCGAUGCUGAGGUUGCUCUCAUCAUCUUCUCCAAUCGUGGCAAGCUUUAUGAGUUUUGCAGCACCUCUAACAUGAUCAAAACCCUGGACCGGUACCAGAAAUGCAGCUAUGGCUCCAUUGAAGUCAACAAUAAACCUGCCAAAGAACUUGAGAACAGCUACAGAGAGUAUCUGAAACUUAAGGGUAGAUAUGAGAGCCUUCAGCGUCAACAAAGGAAUCUUCUUGGGGAGGAUUUAGGACCUCUGAAUUCAAAGGAAUUAGAGCAGCUUGAGCGUCAACUAGAUGGCUCUCUCAAGCAAGUUCGCUCCAUCAAGACACAGUACAUGCUUGACCAGCUCUCUGAUCUUCAAAGCAAAGAGCAAAUGUUGCUUGAAACCAAUAGAGCUUUGGCAAUGAAGUUGGAUGAUAUGAUUGGUGUGAGAAGUCAUCAUAUGGGAGGAGGAGGAGGAUGGGAAGGUAAUGAACAGAACGUUUCCUACGCUCAUCAUCAAGCUCAGUCUCAGGGGCUAUUCCAGCCUCUCGAAUGCAAUCCAACUCUGCAAAUCGGGUAUGACAAUCCGGUAUGCUCAGAGCAGAUGACAGCGACAACACAAGCUCAGGCGCAGCCAGGAAACGGUUACAUCCCAGGCUGGAUGCUCUGA